CUUUUCUCACAAAACAGCCCAGCAGGAUCAGGAGCAGUGCACCCCGUCAGAAAUUAUGCCCACCAUCAUUGAACCUGGGCCACAGCAUGGCCUCCAGCUGCCUUUCCUCCUCUACUUGGAAAACUGUGUCAAGUGUGUCAGAGGUUUUGCAAAUCUACUCAGAGGAUGCAGAGGAGACUCUAUAUGAGCUGGGUUUUGGCUGUGAAGAACCUCAGGUCACUGUACGCAUCCCACCACGAUUCUUUACCUUCCCCUCUCAGGCUCAGGGCAUCAACUUUCGCCUCUUCCUGGAUGCCCAGAUCCGCCGUAUAAGAGAGGAAGACCCCAGCCUUUCACUUGCUAGUCGCUUCAGACAAGUGCAAGUUCUCACAGCCAUGGCCAAUGCCUUCUAUUCCCUCUACUCCCACGUGUCUCGGACUCCCCUCCAGAAGCUGGCCACACCGGAGUUCACCUUCUCAUCUCCAGUGGAGAGGAUGGAACGGUUUAGGACCAGCAUCCGCAGCGAGCCUCGCUCUCCUGUGGAGAGGCUAAAGGACACUGUGAACAAGAUGUGCCUUUACACCGGCUCUCCACGGGGGUCGGAGUCCACCUCUCCACAGCCCUCACCCAGAAAGAGAUCCAGCCUUCCUGAAGUGGUGGAUAUAAUGCUGAGAUCCAAGACUGGGAGUGCUAAGAAGCUGGAUUUGGGGGGAAAUGACAGGUGUGGAUCUUGUGGGGAUUUGAGUCUGCUAAUAGAUAGUGAAGAUAUGGAGAAAACGCAGCUGACUGUAGCCGAUACAGACUUUUAUCAGCGGGGAAAUAAAAGCCUCGAGGAGACACUGGACACUAAACAUGCAGAUAAUGCUGAUAAUUUCUUCCAAGCAGAUGACGUGAGAACAUCUCUAACGUCAUCUUUAUCAGGAGAAACUGUGAUAGAAACAGCGACUCUGUUGGCUUUGGAUCAGGACUCAUGUUUGACACCAAGUGACACAAGGACAGGUGGGCUGAAUCCUGGGGCCAAAGUAGCAUAUGAUCUAGUCUGCCCUCAAAUCGUGGAGAGUGUACAUCGAGCUCCUUUCUCCUGUCAGAACAAGAACCGAUUCAUCCAUAUCACUCAGACAUCAAGUAGAGAUCGGCCAUGUUCUCCAUCACAGAAAUCUGCACAAGAAAUCCUUUCCUCUGAGCCGGAUAAGGACCAACCCCUGGAGGGAUCCGGAUCACAUAGUGUUCAGGAGCCCAGUGGCAGCUCCGCUCCCUGCAGCAUCACUGUGACUGGCUUGGAAGAUGAGGAUGUGUUCUCUACUUCCAUUAACUCCUGCCGUGCCUCACCUGCCUCCUCUAAGCGGAAACCCGCGGAGCCAUUCAAUGAGGAAGAGGGAAAGUACCUGAACCCUUUAACACAUCCAAGCCUAGGCAAAUUCUCCGGUAACCAUCAGCAUGUCAACUCGUUUGAGCUGGAGGAGGUGCAUAGUGCAGGGGAGGAAGAUUUUGGGCAACCAGACACUGCAAGAACAGUCACUUCAUCACACUCCAGAAAACAUUCGAACAAAGGUGAAGUGGUCCGAGGUGACAGCAUGCAGUCCGACAGCAGCGGCUACGCAGAUGAAGAAGUCAUCCCGUCACCGGACAGACACAGCAGGUGACGCAGAGGAACGGCAGGACUGAAGCUUACAACAGGAAAUGGAAACCUUUUCAGCUUCCAAAGUGGAUCUGAGCACUGACUUUACAUAAACUCUCUUAAAAUGCAAAGGAUUCAUUCCUCUCACCAUUAUGUAUUUGUCUUGUCUGGAGGCAGCCUUUGUUUGUUAGCCUGAUGCAUAAUUUGACCUUACUGGAAAUCUUUAUCACCCCAUUCGCAUAUACACCGGGUUAUAGAAACUAUCAUGCUAAACUGGAAACAGUAAGGUGCAUUUACUAAAGGGCAAAGAGUAAGAUGAGCAUUUUAUGGGAUUCAGUUUAUGAUAAUGUAGGGAAGCUAGACUUCCCAGCAUCCAAGGGGGGUGGGGGUUGACAGACACUUUGGCUCUUUUUGACUGCUUUCAUAGUCUGUUUUCAUGCAGCUAUUUUUUUUUAUGUUUAAGGGGGCUACUCAUAAAUAAACUAAAAAAACAACAUGCUUGUAUGAAAUGGUAAAUGCCCUGUAGUAGAAUAGAGGUUAUUGAGUCCUGCCCUCAGCCUCACUGACGCAUCUAAAGUGCUCAAGACCACAACAGCUGAGGCGGACGGACUGAGGCUCCAACCGGCAGCACAAACUCCUGCAACCUACGCUACUGUGUUCCCCACAAAAACAUAAGAAAAAAGAAAAACAAAGACUUGGACAGCGGGAUGUGAUGGAAUAGACUUUUAAUCAGGGUAAAAAACAGCCUUAAAUCUUACAAAAAUGUUUUUGAUAUCAACGAUGUCCAUUAAACCUCAUAUUUGUAUUUUUACAUAUAAAAGUGCCUACACAGACAGCAACCAAAUUUAAAUAAAAACUGGCUUUUAACUUCCUUGUUUUAAUGAUUAGGAAAAACCCAAAAUUGUUUGCAUACCUGCCUUUUCUAACAAUGGUUACAACAUACAGAAAUGUCCCACUUUGCACAGUCACAUACAAUAGAAGAGAGUUACAAAUCUAUUUACCAAUACAUAAUGCAGUAGUUACAGAUUAUGGUGAAACAGAUAAAUAGAGAGUGAGCAGAACAGCACCGCUUUCUCAUCAUCACAGUUACAGUGAAAAAAACAAAAAAUGUGACAGUGAUGAUAAUUACAUGCAUAACUUGGUAGAGGUAAUACUUUGGUAUUUGAAUUUUGAAAGUCCGGUUCAACACAUAUGUUAUGAGUGUGCUUCGGUGGCACAGUGGUUUACACGUGCGACCAAUGUAUGGAGGCCUUUAGUCCUCCACAUAGCUGACCCGGGAUCCAAUCUGACCUGUGGUCCUUGGUCACAUGUCCCCCACUUUCAUGUCAGCCCACUAUAUAAAAAAACAAACAGCCACUAGUGAUUUAAAAACCCUAAUAAACAAACUUUUCUUUACAAACUACGCUAAGGUUGCUGACUGUAAAGGACAUCCUAGAAGUAUGCAGGAUUUAUUUCAGGGUCAUUACAUCCAUAAUAUUUGAUAAUCCAAAGCUGUUUCAGCAAGAUCUACACAUGCGUGCAAACCUGUAAUCACAGCUUUCUUCCCCUCCAACAUCUUAAAUUUGGAUUGUGCAAAAUAUGUAAUUUUUCAUGCAGGA